UGGCCUAAUAAGCACUCGGUUCCAAGCUAAACUGCAUCAUAUCUUACUUUGUACCCCUCCCCUCCCCCGAUAACAACCCAUCCUCUUGUGACUGGCGUUGGCGUUGAGCAGCCUACCCACCGUCGCAUCCGGUGUCCCCGCCAACCUACCGGACCAGCUCUUUUCUCGCCGUUCGAGCCCCUCCACCUCUUUCUCACUCUCCCUCACUCUCUCACCCCCUCACCAACUUCCCCAUGCUCUCGUGCCCCUCGCUCCGUCCUCUUCCCGCGCAGGUACUCAAGACUCGGCUUCUUCCCGCCUCAAUCUUCCUCGACCGUUCCCCAUCCUUCUCCCCCAUCGCUGCUGUCAGCAAAGGCUUCGCUACCGCGACCCCCUCCCCCUCCUUCUCCAGCAGCACUCGCGCCCUGGCUCUACGCUCCUCCACCGCACCCCGCCUCUCCUCUCUCGCCAGACACUUCUCGUCCUCCCCGAUUCCCGGCACUUCAUCUACCAUGCCUCCCAUCGAGACCCAGCAAUACGACUACAUCGUCAUCGGCGGCGGUAGCGGGGGCAGCGGCAGUGGCCGUCGCGCCGCAGGCUGGUACGGCGCGAAGACCCUGAUCGUGGAGAGCGGUCGUGCUGGCGGUACCUGCGUCAACGUUGGCUGCGUGCCCAAGAAAAUGACCUGGAACUUUGCCUCCGUCAACGAGACCCUGCAUGAGGCCAAGCACUACGGCUACGACGUGCCCUCGGACGUGAACAUCAACUACAAGCUCUUCAAGGACGUGCGCGACGCGACGAUCAAGCGGCUGAACGGCAUCUACGAACGCAACUGGGGAAACGAGGGCAUCGACCUCGUGCAUGGACGGGCGCGGUUUGUCGAGCCCAAGGUCAUCGAGGUGGGUCUAGAGGACGGGACCAAGGCGCGGUACACGGCGCCUCAUAUCCUGAUUGCUGUGGGCGGUCGGCCCAGUGUCCCGGACGUGAAGGGCGCUGAGCACGGUAUUACGAGCGACGGGUUCUUUGAGAUCGAGGAGCUGCCCCCCAAGGUUGCCGUCGUUGGAGCCGGGUACAUUGCUGUCGAGCUGGCGGGUGUGUUGGGUGCCGUGGGCGUCGAGACGCAUAUGUUUAUCCGUGGCGAGCACUUCCUGCGCAAGUUCGAUCCCAUGAUUCAGAAGACCAUGACCGACCGGUACGAGAACACGGGCAUCCACCUGCACAAGAAGCAUGGUGGGUUCAAGGAGGUCCAGCUUAUCCGCGAUGGAAAGGGCAAGGAUAAGCUGCUGAAGUUGAUCUCCCACGAUGGCUCCGAGAUCGAGGUCAAUGAGCUCCUGUGGGCUGUUGGCCGCUUGCCCGAGGUCGAGGACCUUAACCUGGAUAUCCCCGGCGUGAAGUUGAACGACGCCGGAUAUGUCACUGUCGAUGAGUACCAGAACACCAGCGUGGAGGGUGUCUAUGCUCUGGGCGACGUCACUGGCCAUGCCGAGUUGACUCCUGUCGCUAUCGCCGCCGGCCGCCAACUCGGCAGCCGUCUCUUCGGCGGCCCCGAAUUCUCCACCGCGAAGCUCUCCUACGAAAACAUCCCGACCGUCGUCUUCUCGCACCCCGAAGUCGGCACGGUGGGUCUCACUGAGCCCGAGGCCCGUGAGCGCUACGGCGACGACCAGAUCAAGAUCUACCACACCAAGUUCACCGACAUGUACUUCAGCGUGAUGCCAGCCGAGGAGAAGGCCAAGAACCCCACCGAGUUCAAGCUGGUGUGUGCCGGCCCGAGGAGAAGAUCGUCGGCCUGCAUAUCCUGGGUCUGGGCGUUGGCGAGAUGUUGCAAGGUUUCGGCGUUGCGGUGAAGAUGGGCGCCACCAAGAAGGACUUUGAUUCUUGUGUUGCUAUUCAUCCCACUAGUUCUGAGGAGCUGGUUACCUUGAGGUAGGUAAAUUGGGGUCGGGGGGGUAGAAUAGAUUAAUCAUCUGUAUAGAUCUUUGUUAACCCUUUUUUAAAUAAAUGAUAAAUGUUUGCGUGGGAUUAGGGGUGAUGUUUCUGUUUCUGUUUGUUUCUGCUUUUUGGCUUCUCUUGGAUUGGAUUGGAUUGGGGGUUGGGUUGUGGUUUGUGUGAUGCAUACGUGCAUACACCUUAGACAGGAUGACAGCACCACCUACCAUACAUGCUAGUAGCUGUUUCAUCAUAAUUUCGAAGCCGGAUUUUCAGUGAAAGGAUGAGUUAUACAAAAUAGAGAACUGAUAGCGCUGGGCAAGGGCGAGGAACCUCAG